ACUUACCCUUACUCUUGGGUGCACGGUAAUAUUAGUGUAAUCUCAUUCUGAGGGUAUUGUGCUACGUGAUUGCAUUUGAUAAAUGAAGAUUUUCAAGUGUUGGGUUAUCUUCAAGGAACUGUUGUAUCUCUUGAUUGUCACAAAGAAAAUCUGUUGAAUAUUACAACCGGUGAUGUUGCAAAUUAACACCUCUUUCUCGAGAACAGCUUCACCUUGACUCGGUCAACUUCAUUUCCUUUCUUGCAACCCCUUGACUAAGUAGCCCGCCCCCCACGGUCAACGUUGAGACAAUUCAAGUAGGCCGUCAUCUGAAGGCCCUUUAUCCAGGAUCUGAAUUCUGAACUGACAGGAUUGGAUGCCCCUGCGUUUUUCACUUGUCUGCGUUUAAUCCAGGCUCCUGCUGCUUAUAGAGGUAAAAACGCGGGAGACAGAUUUUCAGUUCCUCAACUUGGUCUUCCUCAGAUGAAUUUCCCCGCCAAAGUUGCUGAAAAAUUACCAGUUUUGGGUGCUCGAUUCUCACACCCAUCUUCUAACAGAGGACUACCCAGGUUGAGAUUUCUUAAUUCUCGGCAUCGCAUUAGGGGUUUGGCGUUGGGUCUUUCAACAGCAAUGGAGGCUUCGGAUUUGAAAAGAUGUGGUUUAGGUUUGGAUAAUAGAAUAACAAGAGCAGUUCUUCCUGCAACAGAAGGCUAUGUUGAUGAAGCUAUUAAAGCUAUCAAACAAGGGAAAGUUAUUGCUGUGCCUACUGAUACUCUUUAUGGAUUCGCUUGUGAUGCCUGUUCAGCAGAAGCAGUUCAUAGGAUUUAUGAGAUUAAAGGGCGUAAACAAACAAGUCCUUUAGCUAUUUGUGUUGGGGAUGUUAAGAACAUUGAGAGGUUUGCCGGUACAGAUCAUUUGCCUAAUGAUUUGCUUGAUUGUCUUCUUCCUGGACCUGUCACUGUUGUGCUAACACGAGGUGAGUCUAGUAUACUAGAGAAAUCCCUGAACCCAGGAUUGGACAGUAUAGGAGUUCGUGUGCCAGAUUCAGAAUUUAUUCGGGUGAUUGCACGUGGUUCUGGAAGUGCACUUGCCCUUACCAGCGCAAACUUAAGUGGACAACCAAGCAGUGUAUGCAUCAAAGAUUUUGAGAACCUUUGGGAGCACUGUGAGUAUGUCUAUGAUGGCGGUUUGCUUCCUUCAGGACGUGCUGGAUCGACUGUGGUUGACCUCACAAAGCUAGGAAAGUACAAAAUCCUAAGACCUGGAAGUGCCAUGGAAGAGACAGUAGCUAUCCUUCACAGUCACUCCCUACAAGAGGACAAACAAUGAUGCAAAAGCUCCACAACGAGUGAUUGUCAAAGUUUUCAAGUAACUUCGUCUUUUUAGACUGCCGGUGUAACAUUAUUUCGUUGAGUAGUCAGAUUUAGCCCCUUGAAGAUACCAAAUUGCAUCAAAUGAUAGCUUGUACUUUCUUCUACCUAAGGUAGAGUGUAUAAGAAAUUAGUGGAAGGGUGUAACCACAAAAAAUGUUUAAGAUGCAUGUAACAUUUAACAGUCUGUUUAUUAGAAGUGGGAUGUUUAUACAUCUCGAAUUGUGCUCAUUUUUUGUUGGAAUGUAGAGUCUUAUAAGAAGAAUAUACCAUCAAAAUAUUAGAUUUAAAUGCAUUAUCGUUUGAGUUUUGAGGA